CAAUCGUGUUUUUGAAUUCCCGAGAUUGGAAAGGUCAGAAAAAACGUAAACCCAUUUCAACGUGAGUUCGCUUGGGCUGUCAUAGAGAGUACAGUCUUGUGAUCCUUGUUUGGGAAACUGUUUAUCAUGCAACGUGUGUAUCUCACAUGACUGUUGUAGAAACGGAGAUUUUUUUUAUACCUACGAUUGUAAUCGCUAAUCAAAACAGAUUGGCAGAUACAGCGACUGGCCCAGUCAGAGUUGGCGGUCAAGAGACACCGGUCUCCCUGCCGGUAUAAUUUCCAUCCGCCCUUUAGUGUAUCGAGGACUAAUCGCCGGCGACGCAGCCACACUCGAACGAUAUCAAUUGCCAUUGUUGCCGGUUGUUUGAAGUUGUUUGUGGAGUUAAUUGGUUCCGCGUUCGACAUGACGAAAAUUCCGGCAGCGUUUUUAAAACAGUUAUGGCUGACCUUCGGCGCAUCACUGGCUUUUCUUAUCAUCGGACUGGUCAGAGGGUACUCGGCGUCAGCGAUCCCAUCGAUAGAAAACUUAGAUUCCGACCUUAUACAGAGCAGCGAACAGAAAUCAUGGAUUGGAGCAAUCCCACCACUGGGUGCGUUUGUAGGCAGCAUGUGCUCCGGACCACUGAUGCAGCAGGCGGGCAGAAAACGCACCCUACAGUUGACAGCACCGCUUUGGGCGGCUAGCUGGCUUGUACUCGGCUUCGCAGCGAACUUCCCACUCGUCUUGCUGGGCAGAUUACUGUCUGGCCUUUGUGUUGGCUUUGUUCUGGCACCAGCUCAAGUAUAUGUCAGCGAGUGCUGUGACCCUCAGAUCCGAGGGCGCUUGGGUUCAUUGCCCACCCUCUCUAUGUCACUGGGCAUCCUCAUCUCUUACCUAGCGGGCAGCUUGCUCUACUGGAGACACCUGGCCUUUCUAUCUGCUAUAUUUUGUGCGGCAAUGUUCGUGGUACUUCUUCCACUUCCCGAGUCUCCAGUAUGGUUGCACGCUAAAGGCCUCGACAACACGUACGCGAUCAAGUGGCUCCACCUAUCAGAGCAUGCUAUAGCAACAGUAAAACCUGAAGAAAGUAAUGAAAAAGUGGAGGAGCCGAAAAGUCUCUUUACCCGUGAAGUUUUCUUUUCCUCGGCGGUUAUUAAACCUCUCACAGUCGGGUUUGCCCUGCUCUUCUUCCAACAGUUCAGCGGUAUUGAUGCUGUCAUAUUCUUCACGGUGGAGAUCUUCCAAAGUGCCGGGAGUAAGCUAAACGCGAUGACAGCCACAAUAAUAGUUGGUGCGGUGCAACUGUUCAGCAACGGUGUGAGCACUCUGCUGGUCGACCGCGCUGGGCGCCGACCAUUGCUGCUGCUAUCAGCGGUCACCAUGUGUGUGUCCAUGGUGGGAAUGGGUGCGGCGUUUUUCUUCAAGUUUGAACAGACAUCGUUUCUUGGAUACUUACCCAUUGCCAGUUUAGUGCUUUUUAUGCUGGGUUUCUCGCUGGGCUUCGGCGGAUUGCCAUUCCUUCUACUCGGAGAGUUGUUCCCCACGCAUUAUCGCUCCCAGCUCUCUGCUAUGGGCAGCGCAGUUAACUUGCUGUCUAUGUUCACCGUCAUCAAAUCUUAUCACGCUUUAGAGCACGUGUUAACAUCUGCGGGUACCUUCUGGAUGUACUCAUGCUUCUGCGCCGUGGCCUUCUUCUUCGUUCUCUUCAUGGUCCCUGAGACGAAAGGGAAAUCUCUCGCAGAGAUCGAACAACAUUUCAGAGGCAAAAAGGAAAAGGAAAAUAUUGAUCUGCAAACGAUAAAAACAAAAUUUUGAUACUAGCUAAAUUCAAUAUUAAAUAAAAGUAAAUUAUUGUAGACAAAUUUAGUCGCCAUCUGUUAAACAUUGCAUAACAUAUAAAAAAAAAACAAAAGCUCUAAUACCCUCUCUCAUAAGAGAGAGGAAGCAUGUGCCCAACAGUGGGAUAUAAAUGGACUGAAGAUGAUUAAGAUAUCAUAAAAAUAAUAAAUUGUUUAGUAGACAAACCAAUUUUUGUUAAAAUGAAUUUAACUGGAAAUGGAACAAAUAAGUUUUAGAAUUCUAUUUGAUUAAAAAUUGCGAAUCCUAUUUUGCAUUGUUUCCGAAGUGAUUGCAUUCUAUACUCCCAAACAUUAUGAUGUAAAUGCAAUAUUUUUUUCUCGAUAUACUUUAAAUAUGUAAUCAGCAAAAAAUAAUUAGGAAAAGAAAUUAGUAAAGAUCCGAUAAAAAAACAAAUCUUAUGGUGUGUUUUUUUUGAAAAAAUAGUUUUUUAUUUUAAUUAAAGCUUCAGUUAUAUUUUGAAUACGGCAAAUUGGGGUCCGGAACUUCCAGGCCUGAAACACCUAACGAGUAUGUUAACAUUGCAAUUAUCUAUUUUGCGCCUGAAUCUUGAGUUUUAUUAAUACCAUGAUUAUUGAGGUUGCUCUGUUUUUGAGAAUUAACUUGUAUGUGAUAUUUAUAAAUGUUCGUAGAAUUGCCAUAAUAAAUUAUCUGUAGAUUAUUAUUAAGAGUGAUUGACAUAGCUGUGAUAAAGUGUUGUAUUCUCUGUAAGUAGGUAUUUUAAAUAAUUAUUAGUGCAAUUUUGAAAAUAAAUUCUCUCAGGUAUGAC